AUGUUGUGGCGUGUUUGGCUGACCCUGCUACUGAGCACCCUGGUUUCUGCGCUAUUGCCGGAAGCGAGCGGCGGCCCGGAUCAGGCUUUGGCGGAGGAGCUGCUCAUCGGUUUCGACUCGUACGAAAAUGACCAUGUCAACGUGUUCCUCAACACCUACACGCUGGAGGACGACGACGAGUCCCCCAAGCAACGGCCUGACGUUUUCGGACGCCUGGAAAUCAUGGUGAAGAAAUACGACGGAGACCGCACGUUAAGCAACAUUGUGCACCAGGAGCUUAUCUACAAUUUGAGUUCGGCCGAUAACCUGCCGCAGAGCGAUUGCGGGUGGUUCCGCAGCAACAGCCGGUCUGUUGACUACGUCCAGAUGGAGCCGGUCCAGAUCAACAACAAGGUGUACGACUACAGGGGCGGCCAGCUGGUGAACGUGCGGCUGCUGUAUUUCCAGCUCGUGCAUUUCGGCGUCGAGACGGCGUUCGUGGGACGCAAGUUUCUGGCCGUUGUGAAAUACCUGGACGACGAGAUCUUCCUUGUGAGCGAUAUGGAGCCGGGCUGCGACGAGAGCAAGGGCUGGACCCGGUUUGUGCAGCACAACGAGUACUGGAUCAUAUCGCUGCUCUCUGUUCUGUUUCUUGUGCUCUCGCUAAUCGCCGUCUAUCUGCUGGUGCUUUUCAAGAGCAUGCUGGCCGAGCGUGCGAGGCGUGAGGGCCACGACUGGGCCGGGGACGAGAAAGAGCGACUGAUACGCGAAUUUUUCAGGAGAUGA